AUGGACGUGUUCAAUAUCAAUCCGUUCAAUGCAGCGCAUCAACCCAGUGCUCAAUCCCCGCCAAGUGACCAGAGCGCUCCGCCAUCGCGAGGACCGUUGCUGGGCUGUGCUGCAGCCGAGAAGAGCGAAUCGCCCGUCGCUCUCACCGUGUCGGCGCAACAAGUCGCUCUGCGCUGGCCCAUCCAACAGCCUCCCCAAAUCCACUGGAAAGGUGUCCUCCGUCAGGGCCACCUUGAUACCCAAGACGCCAAGGUGGAUUCCAGCGAGCCCGUCGUGGCAUCUUCUGGUGCCCUGCAGCAUCUCAUCGCCAACUACCUCAACGGCACCCUCACAAACCUCUCGGCCGCCUUCCAGGAGUCGAGCGAAUACAUCUCAGGGACGCUGGGAGUCCCGCCCACGUACGUCUAUAGCGGCCUCGCUGCCCUUGUGGCCCUUCCCAUCACCAUGUCGCGAUUCGGCUGGUCGCUCAACCGCGAGCAGAGCUUCGGCGCCAUGCCCGGCGGCGUGCCGGACAUCACAAACGAAGACUUUAGCUACAUCCCCGCCCAGGACCUGGACGAUCCUAGAGUCGAGUAUAUCGAUACUCGCCACUUUCCUCGGCCGGUAUCCAGGGGACCUUCGGAUCUUGAAGACGACAUCUUGGUCAUCAAACACAAGGGCAUAACGUACCCGGCGCACUUCCCGGCCUACUCGAUCGGCGAUGGCAAGCUGUAUGUCAAGGAUGUGCGAGAUCGCAUCGGCGUCAUGAUGGAACUGUCAUCACGUACCACCCGUCGCAUCAAGCUCCUCUACAAGGGCAAGCAGCUGAAGGAGUCAUCUUUGCCGAUUCGCCAAUACGGAGUCAAGAACAAGAGCGAGCUCAUGGCCGUCAUACCCGAUGGGGAUGAUGAGAACAGCGAUCGAUCGGAUGAAGACGUCAUCACUGUGGACGAGCCGUCUCGACGUGACUCCAAGUCCUCAAAAUCCAAGAAGAAGAAGAAGGGAAGCAAGAGGAAAUCAGACAAGAAUGACCCCGGAUCCCCGACCAGCCCUCUCGACAGCGGAUCAAACGGCGACGCCGCCAAUGGCGCCGUCAUCAAUGCUGCUUCGAAGAAGUUGGAUGAGAUUGAAGACGAGUUCCGAUCCAAGUGGCUGCCUCUCUGCUUGGACUACAUCGACGCGCCCCCCAAAGACCCCAAGAAGCGGGACGACGACCACAGGAAAAUAUCUGAAACUGUUUUGCAGCAAGUCAUUCUGAAACUCGACGGCGUAGAGACUGAGGGUAUCGAUGAGAUUCGACAGAGGCGAAAGGAGCUCGUUCGACGGACCCAAGAGGUGCUCAAGCGACUAGACGCCGCAAAGGCAUCAUGA